AGCAAGCCUUAAAGUCAGCUUUUCUCAGAGCUAAACGUUUACCCAGACGUUUUCUCCAUCUACCCUGGAUCCUGGAUUUCUAAAGAAGAGCGAGUCCAGAAGACUUCAGUAAAAAUGUUUUUCUAUAUACUACUCUUCCUCAGCAUCAGCUCUCUGUGGUGGCACUGGAAGGCAAGAAAUGGGGCAAAAGUUGCAAACCUCACUGGCAAAUAUAUAUUCAUCACUGGAUGUGACACAGGAUUUGGAAAUAUGGCAGCAAAGACUUUUGAUAAAAAGGGAUUCCGUGUUCUAGCCAGCUGCCUGACUGAAACUGGAGCCAAGGAGCUACAAGCUGCAACUUCCAAUCAGCUUCAGACAGUGCUGCUGGAUGUGAGAGAUUCAAACAGCAUUAAGAAAGCAGCAGCGUGGAUCAAAGCUGAAGUCCAGUCAGAAGGUCUCUGGGGACUUGUUAAUAAUGCUGGAAUUAUGGGGCCAACUGCUCCUACAGACUGGUUGGAUAUUGAGCAUUUUAGAGAGCCAAUUGAAGUUAAUUUAAUUGGGCUCAUAAAUGUGACAUUAAAUAUGCUUCCCUUGAUAAAACAAGCAAAGGGAAGGAUAGUAAAUGUAUCCAGUACUGGAGGUCGGCUAGCAUUCUGUGGCGGAGGCUACUGCCCUUCAAAGUUUGGGGUAGAAGGAUUUAAUGAUAGCUUAAGAAGAGAUAUGAAAGCUUUUGGAGUUAAAGUUUCCUGCAUUCAACCUGGGCUGUUCAAAACACCGCUAACGGAUCUAGCAAAGAUUCGGAAAGAGAAGGAGGUUAUUUGGAAUCGGCUUUCCCCCGACACUAAAAAGCAAUACGGAGAGGACUAUUUUCAGAAAGAUGCAGCAACGAAAGAAAAGCUCUCAGAUGCCUGCCUUAACACUGACAUCUCACUGGUCGUUGAGUGCAUGGAGCAUGCUCUAACAAGCCUCCAUCCAUGUGCCCAUUAUGUAGUUGGCCAGGAUGCCAAGUGGUUUUGGACUCCUCUUUCAAGAAUGCCUGCAGAUGUACAAGACUUCUUACUUCUGAGAAACAGAGAAAAGCCUGCAGUUUCCCACAGAAAUUAAAUCUUUGUCCAUAUAUUCCCUGUUGCAUACAGGGCUGAUUCCACACGACCUGUCUUUUAUAUUAACAUGGUACAAACCAUACCUGAAAUGCACCCUCAUGUCCUAUAAAUGUAAGAAAUACAGCUACUUCUCCAAAAUUUGCUACUACUAAAAACAAA